AUGUACCUCUCAGAACUGGCGUUGUCUUGUAAUGACUCGUGUACAAGUUGUAAUGGUGGUGCAAACAAAUGCAAUGGGUGUGUACCAGGUUAUUAUCUUCAAAGUGGAGAUAAAUCACCAUGUUUAUUGUGUUCAGACAAAUUUGGAGAAAAUUGCUUGGAAUGUGAUAGAAAUAGUGGGUGUAAAAAAUGUGAAAAUGGGUAUCAGUUGAUCAAUAAAACAACACAAAAAUGUGGAGAUUUCAAUGAAGGAUGCACACUCUGUUCAAACAACAUUUGCAGUCAGUGUUCCGAAGGAUAUUAUCUCGACUCUACCAAAAAUUUAUGUGUGAAGUGCAACAACAAAUUUUCAAAAUGCUCACUUUGUUCUGAGAGUGAAUGUUAUGUGUGUGGCGAUAACUCGACACUGUCAAACAAAGUGUGCGUUGAAUGCAAUCAAAGAUGGGAAGGAUGUGUUGGAUGCAACGACAUUA